AACUCGUCGCUGUUCAGAUGAGUUCUUGAAUAGCCCUUGCUGUGCAAUAUUAGAUUUUGGGAAGAAAUAAUGCUCUCUCCUGGUGUGUGUGUCUACGUUCAGAUAUAGCAGGUGAAAAAAGACUGCAUUAUCCCCUCGCUGAACUGAAGAUGCUUGCGCCUCCUCUCUCAUUAGCCACACCCACUGAUGUGUUCCUUCGAUCAACGAAUGGGUAGGCUUAUACUUGGAGGGUGGAAUGAUGGAACAAAGCCAACGACCCAAAAGCGCUUUAAGCCCAUAGGCCCACAGUGCUACAGUCACCCGGCCCACCCUUAUAAGUGGGGGAAGUUUAUUAUUGGCCGACACUGUUAGGGUUGUUUUUGUAAAUUCGAACUCUCAUGGCCACGUGUUCUCCAGUAAAUGUACUGUUCAGCUGUCUCUUUCUAUCUUUACGGCGCGUGUGGACUAUUGGACUCUAAAGUCUAGUCUACUCCAAUAGAGACAGGGUCCACCCACUGAAUCGUGACCAUCAAAGCGGAAUCUGCAUCUCCCUGUAAGCGGGGAUCAGCAAAUCUAUCCAUUGGAUUUGCUGAGGUGUCUCUUUCCUUGGCCUUUCGUGUGGGCUAAACCUGAGCCUAAGCCUACUCCUCCCUAUGACCGUUAGAUCGCCUUCGAAAAUUACCAAAAACGCAACAAUGCGAACAAAUAAGUGGGAAAAAAGCAGUCAAAGUUUGACCAUCCAGAUAAAAUUGCGAAUAUGUCCAAAAAAAUAGCGGCAUAUUCCCGUUAUUUCCUUCUGCACAAUUUUGGGGGGUUUUUGUAAUUCAAGGAUUUGGAAACCAGAGGGAGACCCAGAAGAGAGAGAGAGAGAGAGAGAGAGAGAGAGACCAGAGGGAGACCCAGAAGAGAGAGAGAGAGAGAGAGAGAGAGAGUAAUGUUCUUUGUUCUAUGAUCUCUUGAAGUAUUUGAUUUGUGAUAUACAAUUUCGUUACCAAAAAAGAAUAAAAAAGAUAUACAAUUUCAUUGCUGGGUUAUUGGUGGAGGAGUCAUGGGUGAUUCAGGCGACUCUGUUUCUAUUGAUGUUGAGAUGAUACCUUUUGGAGGGAAGGAAUGUUUGGUCGAGACAAGUAAAGGCUCCAUCUCUGUUAUUGUCUGUGGGGAUAAGGAAAUGCCUGCUCUAGUUACAUACCCAGAUGUUGCUCUCAAUUCUAUGUCUUGCUUUCAAGGUCUCUUUUUUUGCCCAGAUGCAGCUUCAUUGUUGCUUCACAACUUCUGUAUUUACCACAUUGAGGCCCCUGGGCAUGAGUUAGGAGCCGCUUCUAUUUCUUCAGAUGCUCCCUUGCUUAGUGUAGAAGACCUUGCUGACCAGGUUGCUGAAGUGCUCGACUUUUUUGGGCUCAAAGAGGUUUUAUGCUUGGGUGUAGCUGCUGGGGCAUACAUCCUUACACUAUUUGCAAUGAAAUACAAGGAAUGUGUUCGUGGGUUAAUCCUUGUUUCCCCACUUUGCAGAAAACCUUCAUGGACAGAAUGGCUAUAUAAUAAGGUAAUGUUGAACUUGCUUUACUUCUAUGGUAUGUGUGGUUUAUUGAAGGAGUGUCUUCUCCAGCGUUACUUCAGUAAGGAAGGUAGGAGUAAUAUGCAUGGUGAGGAAUUUGACAUGGUACAAUCUUGCCGAAGGUUACUGGAUGAAAGGCAAAGUUCAAAUGUCAUGCGCUUUCUUCAAGCUAUUAACGAGAGGGUAGAUCUUACUAAUGGCUUGAAAAAAUUAAAAUGCAAGACCCUCAUUUUUGUGGGUGAAAGCAGUGGGUUUCUCUCUGAGGCCCUCCACAUGUGCUCCAAAAUGGACAAGAGAAGCAGUGCUUUUGUAGAGGUUAAAGCAUGUGGCUCACUGGUGACAGAAGAACAUCCAUAUGCCAUGUUGAUCCCUCUUGAGUUCUUUUUAAUGGGUUUUGGCUACCACAGGGAACCAUGUCAAGGCUCAAACCCUGCUAGCUUCUCCAGCCAUUGGUGCAUAGAGCCAGAGCUCCUGUCACCAGAGAGUCUAGGAGUCAAACUCAAACCUAUCAAGACCCGCGUUGCAGUUGAAGUUUGACAUAAAGAGGACGCAUCUGUUCACUGCAGCUUCAUUAGAUUACAAGCCAUCCACAUUCUGUUAAUAUGAUGGGUUGUCGAGGAGGAGAGUUUGGGGGAAGGAUUGUGUGCAGGAAUUUUUACACACUGUGAUAGCAUUUUUCCCUUUUGGAUA